AUGCCUCAACCGCAGUCCACGCAUCCCCAGGCUCGAAGCCCAGGCUCGGCCUCGUCGGGCUUAGAGGCCCAAUCCAACGCGAUUGGCAUCGUGACCGGACGUAUCGACCGACCUUUCAGUACGCUCUCGGCCAUGUCCGUGGGGGCGACGACGACCAACAGCGCCAUCGGAGUCAUCCUCAGCUUCUACACAACCCUCUCAUACGGCGGCUCGGUGCUGCUCUUCUAUGGCUUCCUCGCCAUGGCGUUUGUCGGCCUUUGCACAGCCGUCACGCUGGGUGAGCUUACCGCCGGCUUUCCAGAUGUUGGCGGCCAGUACGUCUGGGUUGCGAGGAUGUCGCCUCAUAGAUGCCGUCGAUUCCUUUCCUACGUGUGUGCACUCUUGAGCUGGGGAGGAGCCGUCUGCGUCGGGGCCGCCACGUGCCUUAUUGCGCCUCUGCUUGUCUUCCAGGCUGUUCCAUUCUUCGAUCCCAGCUUUGUCUACAAGCCGUGGAUGGGGUUCCUCGCAUACCAGGGUGUCAACCUGCUCACUCUCAUCCCCAGCCUCUUUGAGCAUCUUCUCCCCAAGGUCUCUCAGUCUCUCCUGGUAUUCACUGGCUGUAUUCUUCUGGCACUAUUCAUUGGCCUGUUCGCAGCGGCCGACGAGCGUCAGUCAGCCGAGUCAUUCUUCACUAACUUCUACAAUACGUCUGGAUGGCCGGCAGGAGUAGCCGUCUUGAUUGGCAUGAACAGCCUCAAUUGGUGCUUUUCGUGCCUCGAUAGCAUCGUCCAUCUCUCUGAGGAGAUUCCGAACCCACGACGCAAUAUUCCACGAGCACUGAUGUGGUCCAUCGUUGUGGGAGCUGUCACUGGUGUCCUCAUCAUAUUCGCUUUCAUCAUCAACAACACUGACUACGAGACCCGGAAUUCGGCUAUCCCUAUGAUCUACUAUACAUUCCGAAGUAAGGGAGCUGCCAUUGCUCUCCUGGUGCUACUCUUCGUGUCCACCAUUGGUGCGCAAUGGGGUAUUCAUGUGUGGCAAUCCCGUCUAGCGUGGUCCAUUGGCAUGAACAAGGGCUUGCCAAUGCAUGACCACCUCUCCCGAGUUGCUGGAGCUCCUUUUGGCACCCCGAUCUGGUCUUUGCUCUUCUCGGCUGCGGUGACGAGCGUCCUCGGCUGCCUCUACCUCGCUUCAGAGAGGGCCUUCAAUUCCUUCACCGGUGCCGGGCUCUUGUUCCAGUACUCGAGCUACGUCAUCCCCGUCGCCAUGCUUCACUAUCGAGGCCGUAGUCACUUUCCCCACGGUGACUUCUGGUUCCCCCGUUUUGGGUACGUGGCCAAUCUGGUCAUGUGUGCUUGGGCUGUUGUCGCUCUCAUCUUUUACUGCUUUCCUUAUUCUUUUCCUGUAGUGACGGCUGAGAUGAACUACGUCUCGGUUGUUGUCGGCGUGUUUCUCUUAUUGAUCAUGAUCAGCUGGUUCUCAUAUGGCCGGAAGCACUUUACGUUUCCUGAGUUGGAGGAGAUUGAGGGAAGGGAGAUCGACAUGACUUCACAUAGUGAUACUCCUAGCCCUCAAUACUCGAAGUCGUAG